CUGCUGUGAGUGCGUCAAGAGGAUGGACUGUUGGUAAUGGAGUUAAUUAUCAAUUGACAACUAUUGUCCUGUCGAGAGAGUCUGGUAUCCCAAAGUCCAGUGGUGAUGUGGGAUUUCAAUACACUGGAGAACUGAGUGUCGCUGCUGUUUGGCAUGAUCCAAAGGAUCUUGAUACGAUCCUCCUGGAAAUUAAGCUGAUCAGUCCCCAACUGUACAUAAAAUCCCGAAAGGCCCCGGAGCCGGAGGGAUUCGUGGAGCACUCGUCGAAGCUAGACCAAGUCCCCCAGCAUCCGAUCUACCUGCUGUGGAGGAACGGCGAGAUCCUCAAAGUCUUUCUGAGUCCAGACGAGACGAUUUCUUCCGCGAAUCUCAAGCGAGGACUCGCUAGUCUUUUCCAAUACAAAACCCUCGAUGGACAUCACCAGGAGCAUGACGCCUCAGGCCUCUGCAAGGUCACCUACGAAUCCAGAACUCCUCACACCAUCACCAAGUCCAAACACCAUUGCAACGUCAACCUGUCGCAGCUCCGGAAUCAGCACCCGAAUCCGAUCCUGGGAGUCAAACUCGACAGCACUAGAUUUGCGGUGUAUACGUUGGACCCUUUGCUCAUACCGACAAAAAUCGAAGAGACUGAAAUCCACGAGGUGACGCUCCAGGCAAAACCAGAGGUUGGAGCGACAGUCACCACUCAGAGAAUCCUCCAGAAGACUGCAAGUAUCACUGUGUCAAGAAUCGACGGCAGCAAUAUCAGAGACGCCAUUGCCCACCUACAACCUGGGUACAGGGAAGUGGAGAUCGAUCUUCAGGUCGAACCGAUUACCUGUCCAGAGUCUGGCUGCCGAACGCUGGAGCAAGUUAUCGACCAAAACCGCGAGGCCCUAGACGUGUCCGCCCUGGGAACAGCCAAAUCCGCAACAGCAUUCCUGAAGCUAAUUCCCCUGGUGCGUGACGCUUCCGCCGAUGAACUCACAAGGAUCCUGAAGAGUCCACGGAAUCUUCCCCUAAAGACCCAACUCCUGGACAUUUUAGGAUCAGCAUCGACCUCCGCAACUCAUCAGGCAGCUAUGAAGAUUCUCCGUCAAGAUGAGACUGGUGACGAAAUGGAGCGAUAUCUGUGGGCGCUUUCGAUGUCCCCAGUGCCACAUCCGGACAUUAUCAAAGAUAUU